AUAUUAUAUUUAACUUUAAAUCGAGAGGCUAACAUGAAGGUCAGUGAAGAGAUGCAGAUACCUGUUAAGGGGGCUGACCUUUUAAGAACAAUGUGGGUGACGAUCUCUUUUCUCCUCAUGAUCUCUACACCGUGCUGGGCGCAAACUACAAGUGAUAUGGAAGGCACAACAUCCGGGGAUUUCACAACUGAAAGCUUCACAACGACGGUUGCCAUUACUAUGACAACAACUAAAACGCCUACUACCACAGAUUCUAGUGAAUGUGCAUUGUGGAGCGAUGAAUGUGACGUCAAUGCACGAUGUGAAGACAACACUUUUAGCUAUACGUGUAUUUGCAAUGCCGGAUAUGAAGGCAGCGGAACAAUCUGUUCUGAUAUCAACGAAUGUACAGCGGACACCCAUGUCUGUGAUGUAAACGCCCAAUGUGUGAACAACAUAGGAAAUUAUACGUGUGUAUGCCUAGCUGGAUUUACAGGCAAUGGAUUUUCCUGCGUUGAUAUCAACGAAUGUACAUCCGGCAUCCAUGGCUGUGAUGUAAAAGCCCUGUGUGUGAACAGCAUAGGAAGUUAUACGUGUGUAUGCCAAGAUGGAUAUACUGGCAAUGGAUUUUCUUGCAAUGAGCGUAUUUACAUCGAAUAUGGCUCCGGGCCUGACCGGUCACUAGGAUAUGUUCAAUACAGCUUUCUAGCGUGGUUUACUGUAAGACUAGAUACAGGGUUUCCUAUCAGCAAUGGUCAACUAUACACCUAUAUAACAUUUACAUCAACGGGCAUGAUUCAUUUCUCGAACUACUAUCCACGCAGCUAUCACCUGUUCAAGUACAUCAACCCGUCGUUAUAUUACUUUUAUGAUAUCUACUUCGAUCCAUCUAUUGCGGUAUUCGGUGCACCGGUCGACCUUUACCUCGGUAAUCCAAAGAUCUAUUAUGAGGUAUACGACAUCAACAAGGGGUACGGAAACUCAGCUGCUCUUCUCGCAGCGGUACAACAAAGACUCUAUGCAUCUCUGUCACUUCCGGAAGGGUUGGAGUCUUUCCAGUUCAUCAAUGGAAUCAACUUCAUCUUCAAGAUUACGUGGGAAAAUGUGCAACCUCAGGGAUCGAUGGCAGGACAGGAGACUGUAACCUACCAAGCUGUUCUCUUCACUGACGGAAGAAGAAGUGGUGUUCUGACAAUGUACCAGGGAGGCAGUUUCAACUGGAAUCCACUCUCUAAGUCAGUACCGGCUAAAAUCGGUUUCAGCACCAAGCAUAAUUGGUAUAACGUCUUUGAAGGAAACUUUCUUUCUGUACUGUAUGAUAGCUAUCGCCCUGAUCAAAGAAUUGGCAACACUGGUCUUAUGGGCAGAGAUAUCUACCGUCUUGAUGUGAACCCCGAUUGGUACAUCAACCCACGCCGAUACUGUCAAGAUUGGUACAGCGAUGAUCUGAGC